AUGUUCUGCUUGCGAAACAAUUACGAAAUUGCGAGCUUCCAUGCUUCGAUAUCGUCGUUCUUGGACCAGUUGGUAUCUCUUGCCGCCUCAGAUGACGUGUUGCUUUCUUCAAAACAAAAUGCACUGUCCACAUUUCAGAAAGCAAUUCUCAUCAACGGGUUACUUGAUCGGGCCUCGAUCCACGACACUUGCCAGUUGUUUUCUCUCGUUUUAUUUCCACUGUUAAGGAGCAUCUCCAAAUGCGACGGAGAAAAAAAACAACCGGACGAGGAGGAGAUCCCAUUUAGAAUCUUUUCCAUCAUUUCAAAGCUCGUUCUUCAAUGCAUUCCCCUUUUGCAAAAGCGCGACUCGGAGUUUGUGCCCCAAUGGCAGGAAUAUUUGAGGCUGCUGUGUGAACAGUAUACCUUGAAAGAUAUCGUCAUCGAGGACGAGGCUAGCUCCUCAUUUAUCAUAAGAGAGGCCAUUCUGGAGCUUCUAAAGAAUUUGCUGUUGAUUUUAAAGGCCGCAAUAGAUGAUACCAACGUCGAAACAGAGUGGGCCAAAUUUAUCUGGGAGGACACUUGGCAUGUGAUAGGCCAGGUGCUGCCAAAUCUUCGCUCGGAUUUGGGCGUCAUUAGCGAGAUCGGGUCGCCAAAAUUCGAGCAUGUUAAGGAGGAAAACGCGGAAAACGCGGAAAAGGAUGAACUUGCGGAAAAAGAUGAACUUGCGGAAAAGGAUGAACUUGCGGAAAAAGAUGAACUUGCGUCGUGUGGGGAACAGGAAAAUCAACACAUGUCUUGUCCAGAAAAGGAAAAUCAACAUCCGCCUGGUCUCGAACAGGGAAAUCAAGAUACGUCUUGCCGGGAACAAGAGAGUGAACAUCAGGCCGAUCAGGAGAAAAAUAACGAGCAUCAGACCCAGCCGUCCACGGAAGCCAAGGAAUUGUCUAACAUCGAAUCCAUGGCGACACUAGUCCCCGAAUAUAGAGGAAAAACCCCCUCAGAAGAAACCCCAAUAAUUGUGGGGCAUUCGGUUCCUACUGAGAUGACAGUCAUUGAAUGUGAAGAGUCGAAUAGUCUUCAAUCAAGUAGCACUGCGCUGUAA